AAUUCCAUGAGUUUCUUCCCCCUCUACUUCUUCCCCUUCCUUUUACGUUGUGCCGCCUUUCUCCCGGAGACAAAUUCGGCCGCCGCCGCCGCCGCCUGCUGAAACAUCCAUUUCUUCCGCCGGUGGUUGCAGCCGCCGACGAUUCGUAGUUCUUUGGCCGAGCGGAGUAAAGGUGUUUUUUCGGUUUUUACUGUGACGAAAAAAAAAAAAAAAAACUGAAAUGAUUUGUGCCAGUGUAAGCACGACCUAGUGGAAGGGUAGUGUAGGGUAGGAUUUGUAGGUUGUGUUAUCGCUAAGUAAACACAGCCUAUAAUUUUGGUGUAAUUUGCCAUGGAAAACGCACCUAAUCUGCCUUUCAAAGUUGGAGGACUGGCCGAAGCAAAAUCGUUCCAGCAAGGUUUUCGUGGUGCGUGGUUUCGAUGCAAGAUCAAAGCCAUCGGGGAGAAGAAAGGAUCUGCGUCGUGUCUUUUAGAAUACUAUGAUUUUCCCGAUGAAAAACAAAAAUGGACAAAGCUAUAUCAAAUGCCCCCUCACACUUCGCGAAAGGCAAGAGAGAAAUCUAGAGAAUUGAUUCUAAGGCCACACUAUCCAGCUAUCUAUAGUGAAAAGCAAAUCCCUGAUGUUAAUAUGAAUUCAGAAGUGGCGGUAAUCGUUGAUAAUUCCUGGAAGGUGGGGGAUUUGGUUGACUGGUUUACUACUGGUUGUUAUUGGUCUGGAACAAUCACAAAAUUAUUGGAUGAUGACAAAGCUGUGUUGAUGCUGCACCCACCUCCCUUUGGCGAAGGUUUAGUUUAUGAUAUUCCUCUUAAGGAUGUGCGCCCUUCAUUAGAAUGGUCUCCAAAGUCCGGUUGGACACUGCCCACCCAGGAUACUGACCCAGGCCGCUUCUGUGCUCGGCUUAUUAAAUUUAGAAAUCAUGGUACUGCUGAACUUCAAACCAUGGAUGCCGAAACUCAGGCUGGAACAUCCGUGGGUCCGUCUCUCUCUUCUAGGGCAUCCUCGAAUUCAUUAGCUGUUUCAGAUGACCUGAAGAGUAUUGGAACAGCAGAUAUACAGACACAAUCAGCAGGACCAUCGGUUUCUAAGGACACGGAAGAUAUAGAGGGAAAUACCAAAAGCCCGAGAGGUAGGGAAAGCACCGGAAUUGCAGAUGUUAAUUCUCGACACGCUCCAGCCGAAGUUUCCGAGAAGAACAUCCAGUCGAGUAAUCCUGGAGCCACGAAAGAGGCUACUCGACAUCUCAUUCAUUCCGAUCCAUUCGAAGCAUCAAUCUUGGAUUUGCAGGAAUGUCUGAAUAAAAUCAAAAAGCUUAAAAAGGACUUAAAUGGACUUUCUUCGUCCGAUACUCCCUCGCUGCAAUGGAAGUUCGUGGAACCGAGCAGCGUCUCCUCAAAAAUGUCGAAAUGACUGCUGAUAAACCGAUCAUCGAUGCUUCUCGUAGUUACGGUGAGAUUUUUGAUGGGCUUAUGUCAAACUAAACUUUGUCACAUAAACACAUUUACAUCAGUAGUAGUAAAUCUUGAUUACAUUGGAAGUUUUAUCUUCUCCUUUGUCAUUUGGAUAUGCAUAAUUUUGGAUUCUGCAAUAUAUAUUAUGUGGCGAUAGAACUCGAAUCUUUCGUACGACUAUAUUAAAUGAU